CUGGCACACUUACACCUCAGUGGAAGGGACUGUGACAUAUAAUAGUGUGAGUAGUAAUACAAGAUACUAUCAGUGGAAGGGUCUGUGACAUAUAAUAGUGUGAAUAGUAAGGCAAGAUACUAUCAGUGGAAGGGACUGUGACAUAUAAUAGUGUGAGUAGUAAUACAAGAUACUAUCAGUGGAAGGGUCUGUGACAUAUAAUAGUGUGAGUAGUAAUACAAGAUACUAUCAGUGGAAGGGACUGUGACAUAUAAUAGUGUGAAUAGUAAGGCAAGAUACUAUCAGUGGAAGGGACUGUGACAUAUAAUAGUGUGAGUAGUAAUACAAGAUACUAUCAGUGGAAGGGUCUGUGACAUAUAAUAGUGUGAGUAGUAAUACAAGAUACUAUCAGUGGAAGGGACUGUGACAUAUAAUAGUGUGAAUAGUAAGGCAAGAUACUAUCAGUGGAAGGGACUGUGACAUAUAAUAGUGUGAAUAGUAAGGCAAGAUACUAUCAGUGGAAGGGACUGUGACAUAUAAUAGUGUGAGUAGUAAUACAAUACACUGUCAGUGGAAGGGACUGUGAAAUAUAAUAGUGUGAGUAGUAAGGCAAGAUACUAUCAGUGGAAGGGUCUGUGACAUAUAAUAGUGUGAGUAGUAAGGCAAGAUACUAUCAGUGGAAGGGUCUGUGACAUAUAAUAGUGUGAGUAGUAAUACAAGAUACUAUCAGUGGAAGGGUCUGUGACAUAUAAUAGUGUGAGUAGUAAUACAAGAUACUAUCAGUGGAAGGGUCUGUGACAUAUAAUAGUGUGAGUAGUAAUACAAGAUACUAUCAGUGGAAGGGUCUGUGACAUAUAAUAGUGUGAGUAGUAAUACAAGAUACUAUCAGUGGAAGGGUCUGUGACAUAUAAUAGUGUGAGUAGUAAUACAAGAUACUAUCAGUGGAAGGGUCUGUGACAUAUAAUAGUGUGAGUAGUAAUACAAGAUACUAUCAGUGGAAGGGUCUGUGACAUAUAAUAGUGUGAGUAGUAAUACAAGAUACUAUCAGUGGAAGGGUCUGUGACAUAUAAUAGUGUGAGUAGUAAUACAAGAUACUAUCAGUGGAAGGGUCUGUGACAUAUAAUAGUGUGAGUAGUAAUACAAGAUACUAUCAGUGGAAGGGACUGUGACAUAUAAUAGUGUGAGUAGUAAUACAAGAUACUAUCAGUGGAAGGGUCUAUGGGUUUGUGCGGGUGGGUAAGAUGUUACCAGUACUCAGGACCCUGUUAUUGUAGAAUAUUCUAGAAAGGUUACAUAAAUGAAGGGAUUGCUGAGCUGUGAGUAAGAAUAGAGGAGUGGCACCACGCCCAGGCACAAGGCAAUAUUCAUACCUUACAUUCCAUUAAGUGAGUAGAAAUAAUGUGAGAUGAUAUGGAUAUUUAUAUAUAUAACUCCUCUCCCUGCCAGGUCCAGCCUCUAUCGUUGUGAGCUAAUGGGCAGAGUUAUAUAAAUAUAGAGUAUAUACAACUCACUGCCCUCAUCCUACCACUUGUAGCCCGACACCAACAUGAAGGGACUGAUGCUGUACUUUGCCGCUGCUGCUGUAGCCUUGGCACUGGUCCAAUCACUGCAGUGUUACACGUGUGAUGAUUAUACAGCCAGUAAAGAUUGUUCCACUGUCACUAACUGCUCAGAUACAACAAAAUUCUGCAAAACUGCCGUCAAAAGCCCCAAUGUAGGGUUUCCAUUCACUGGGGAUGAAGAGGUGAGACGAGUGUGUGCAGUGAGUUGUGAGCAGACGGAGGAAGACUCUCUGGGGAACGAUGGCCCUACUUUCUGCUGCAAUUCUGAUCUGUGCAAUAACAGAGGCCUCUCUUCUCAUUCCAACUCUCUGGCUGCCUCUGCACUGAACCUUUCAGUUCUGAUACUGACUUUAACUGCAAUGAGAAUUUUUUUAUAACUGCCAAAGGAAAUUGCGGGGCCUUAAACUACUUGAUGAGGCCCCUCUUUCCUUCCAAACACUACAAGGGCCCAUAUUUUGCCCAAGGGCCACUGCUAGAACAGAAAAAUAAUUUCUGCCCUGCAGCAUUGCCAGUUGUCCUCCCUGUUGCUGACCCUGAACGUAACCAACCGGUAUAUAUUCUGUAUCUAUGGAUUCCUUGAGAGGUUAAAGGGAUUCAGAAUUUUUAAGCAAUUAAAUAUUUCUCUGUAAUAUAUUUUACUUAAAAACUGAAAAUGAAGAGCAAAAGAAAGGAAAAUUUUGUUUUCAUCUCUGAAAAGGCAUUAAAGUCGCAUUGAUUUCGCA